AUGAGCACUGUAAACAACUCACUAAUACCUUUCUCAGUCGUGGACCCCUACCUCCUCCCCAAAGGAGGUCCCCUCACCAUGUGGCUGUACCUGGCGGUCCUCGUGGGCCUGUACUACCUCCUGCGCUGGUACCGGGAGAGGCAGGUGGUGAGCCACCUCCAGGACAAGUUCGUCUUCAUCACGGGCUGUGACUCGGGCUUCGGGAACCUGCUGGCCAGGCAGCUGCACCUGCGAGGCUUGAGGGUUCUGGCUGCGUGUCUGACGGAGCAGGGGGCCGAGCAGCUGAGGAACCAGACAUCAGACAGAUUGGAGACGGUGAUCCUGGACGUCACCAAGACUGAGAGCAUCGCUGCGGCCACUGAGUGGGUGAAGGAGCGUGUGGGGGACAGAGGGCUCUGGGGUCUGGUCAACAAUGCAGGCAUUUUUCACCCACAUGGCUACACUGAGUGGCUGAAGAUUGAGGCCUGUAUGGAUACCCUCAAAGUGAACCUCAUUGGUUUGAUAGAGGUGACCUUGAGCAUGCUUCCCUUGGUAAGGAGAGCACAGGGGAGGAUUGUCAAUGUCUCCAGCAUUCUGGGAAGAAUUGCUUUCUUUGGAGGAGUCUACUCUUCCACCAAGUAUGGAGUGGAAGCCUUUUCAGAUAUUCUGAGGCGUGAGCUUCAACAUUUUGGGGUGAAAAUCAGCAUAAUUGAACCUGGCUACUUCAGAACAGGAAUGUCAGAUUUGCAGAAGUCCUCAGAGGCAGUGAAACAAGUCUGGAAAGAAGUCCCUGUGCAUAUUAAGGAGUCCUAUGGACAGAAGUUUUUUGAUGCCUAUCACGAUCUCCUGAAACAAGGGAUGUUGAGUUGUAGCACAAACCUGAACCUGGUUACUGACUGUAUGGAGCAUGCCCUGACAUCUGUGCAUCCCCGCACUCGAUACUCAGCUGGCUGGGAUGCUAAAUUUUUCUUCAUCCCUCUAUCUUAUUUACCUACAUCACUGGCAGACUACAUAUUGACUAGAUCUUGGCCCAAACCAGCCCAGGCAGUCUAA